CUACACUCCAACACCUAUUGCUUCCCUUCUGGUUUUAUUACUUCCAAAAGUUCAAUAUUCAAGUCGAAUGUAGCCCCUGGCUGCACCAUAUUGCCAUCUCUCUCAAUCUCUCAUGCAUGUCUGCCUUCCUUGAAAUCUGAUAUGGUAUCAGAUUUACAGCAUUACAGAAAUUAACAGGACAAGGGCCAAGCUGCAGCAGUGUUUUAGAAUGAAGGAUCUUGGAGAAUUGAAAUUUUUUCUUGGGAUUGAGUUUACUCGAUCUGAAAAGGGCAUAUACAUGAGCCAACGUAAAUAUGCAUUAGAGCUAAUUUCAGAACUUGGAUUAGCUGGAACCAAACCUUCUAGCACACCAUUAGAAGUAAACCAAAAAUUGACCUCUGUUGAUUUUGACAGGUUAGCUUCUUCUUCUGAUGACAGUGCUCAAGAUCCUCUCUUGAAGGAUGCUGGUGAAUACCAAAGAUUAGUGGGAAGAUUAUUGUACUUAACAAUGACUAGGCCGGAUAUAUCAUUUGCUGUACAAACAUUAAGUCAGUACAUGCAUUCUCCCAAACAGUCUCAUUUAGAUGCAGCAAAGAGAGUUGUCAAAUAUGUUAAAAAUGCACCAGGGCAGGGACUGUUGUUACCAUCACCAGGUGAUGGGACACUGAAGGCAUACUGUGAUGCUGAUUGGGGAGCAUGCCUCCAAACUAGAAGAUCAGUCACUGGUUACUGCGUAUUCUUUGGCAAUGCUUUAAUUUCCUGGAAAUCAAAGAAGCAGGACACAGUGGCAAGAAGUUCAGCUGAAGCUGAGUUUAGGAGCAUGGCUUCCACUGCAGCAGAAAUUGUGUGGCUCAUUGGUCUGCUUGGUGAAUUGGAUGUAAAGUUACAACUGCCUGUGGCUCUAUUCUGUGAUAGCAAGGCAGCAAUCCAAAUCGCAGCAAAUCGUAUCUUUCAUGAACGUAUGAAGCAUAUUGAUAUUGAUUGCCAUUUUAUUAGAGAGAAGAUAAAAGCUGGUAUCAUCAAGACUAUACAUGUGAAUACUAAGGAGCAAAUAGCAGACAUGUUGACUAAGGGGUUGGGAAGAACACAACACCAGCAUUUGCUUUGCAAGCUUGGAGUGAAGAAUAUUUUUCUACCCUCCAGCUUGAGGGGGAGUAUUGAGCCAGGAUAGUAUUUGUAUAUGUAGAAAGUUUAGGGGUUAAAGUGUACAAAUUAGAAGUUAGUACCUAACUUAACUAAUGGGAUAUUAGUUAGUGUCUGUAUAUAAGUAGUUAGCUGAGCUUUCUUUGUAAGCUAAUUCACUCUUCUCCAAUCGGGAAUAACAAUGGAGAUUUUGCAGAUUGCCUUC